AUGGAGUCUCUUUACAAGAACUCUGUUUGGGAGUUGGUUCCUAAGCCCAAAGACAGAAAGCUAGUUGGAUGCAAGCGGGUAUUUAGGAAAAAUGAAGGACUACAUGAACAAGAUGCCGUGAGAUUCAAAGCAAGGCUUGCGGCUAAAGGGUACUCACAAAAGGAAGGGGUGGAUUAUGAUGAGAUCUUUUCACCCGUAGUUAAGCAUACUUCUAUCAGAUUGCUUUUAGCAAUGGCAACUCAGCAUGACAUGGAGAUUGAGCAGAUGGAUGUGAAGACAACAUUUCUUCAUGGGGAUCUAGAGGAGACAAUUUUCAUGGCUCAACCAGAAGGGUUUGUUGAAUAUGGGAAAGAAAACCUAGUAUGUAAGCUAAAGAAGUCCCUGUAUGGCCUGAAACAGUCUCCAAGACAGUGGUACAGGAGGUUCGAUUACUUCAUGCUGAAAAUCAAUUUUAGAAGAUGUUUAUAUGACUGUUGUGUGUACUAUCAUGUGUUCCAAGAUGGGAUGAUCAUAUUGCUAUUGCUAUAUGUGGAUGACAUGCUAAUCGCUUGUCAAGACAAGUCUAGAAUUCAAGACUUGAAGAAGAUGUUGAGCAAGGAGUUUGACAUGAAGGAUCUAGGUGCAGCACAGAAGAUCCUUGGCAUGGAAAUUCAGAGAGAUAGGACCGCUGGAAGGAUUUGGAUAUCACAAGCCAAGUAUAUUCAGAAGGUUCUUGAGAAGUUCAACAUGCAAGAAGCAAAGGUAGUUUCGACUCCUUUGGCAGCUCACUUCAAGUUAAGUGGGCAACAGUGUCCUAAGUCCGAGGAAGAGCAGCAAGUAAUGGAGAAGGUUCCUUAUGCUAAUGCCGUGGGCUGCCUUAUGUAUGCAAUGGUAUGCACACGUCCAGACAUAGCUCAAGCAAUCAGUGUCGUUUCCAGAUACAUGGGAAAUCCAGGAAAGCAACAUUGGGAUGCAGUCAAGUGGAUUUUGCGUUAUUUGAAGGGUUCUUGGCGACAAAGGAUUAUGUUUGAGAAGCAAAAAGAAAAUGUAAGGGUGUUGGGAUAUGUGGAUGCUGAUUAUGCAGGGGACUUGGACAAGAGAAGGUCAACUUCUAGUUAUGCGUUUACAUGCGCAGGAGGACCAAUCAGUUGGAGAGCACUAUUGCAACCAAUUACAGCUUUGUCGACCACAGAGGCAGAGUAUAUUGCAUUGGCCGAAGCUGGAAAGGAAGCAAUUUGGCUUAAUGGCUUGGUAAGUCAAAUGGGAAUCACCCAAGAUUGUGUGAAGCUGAAGUGUGAUAGUCAAAGUGCCAUUCACUUGGCAAAGAAUCAAGUUUUUUCUGGAAGAUCAAAGCACAUUGAAGCAAGAUAUCACAGAAUCAGAAAUUGGGUGGAGUCUAAGGAGAUUUGGAUUGAAAAGAUUCAUACAGAUGACAAUGCUGCAGAUUUCCUUACAAAGAUAGUGCCAGCCAAGAAGUUCAAGCAUUGCUUGAACUUGAUCAAUCUCGUUGAUUGA